AUGUCUCCGGAGCACGCCAGCGCGAGCAGCCCUCCACGCCAGAGACGGGGGGUUCCCCUUCUGGCCGUGAUGGUAAUCGUGGGAGACAGCCUCCACAACUUUGCCGACGGCCUGGUGGUCGGCGCGGCCUUCUCCUCCUCGGCCGAGACCGGCAUGGCGACCACGUACGCCGUGUACGGAUCUCACCAGAGGACUGUUCCAGGGUCUGGAAUCCCUCAGCGUCAGCCCUUCACUCUGGGAAGUUUCAAGGAUGCUCCUGUGUGUCCUCGUCCUCCUCAAAUCACGCACAAUCCCUCCAUCGCUACGCGCACGGAGCCAGAGGAAAUAUACUUCCAGACGCAUGACUCCUCUGUUAAACGAGCGCCAUGA